AGCCGCCUCUCCCGGGCCUUCCGUUUCCCUGUUCCCAGCGCAGCAGGAGAAAAGAAUCGUCUCUUCUUCCCCGCAGUCCGGAUUCCCGACCAAGGUUCCAGAGAAACCCCGUCCGAUUCGCGAGAUGGCGGAGCAGCCCAACCCCCAGCCGCAAGUGGAGAAGGAGGUGGUGGUGGAGCACCAGCAGGAGGCGAAGAGGGGCCCCAAGCUGAGGUACCUGGAUUUCGUCCAUGUGGCGGCGGCGCAGGCCGCGGUGUGCCUCGCGGGGCUCUACGGCCUCGCCAAGGGCCACGCCGGCCCGCUCCGCCCGGGCGUCGACGCCGUCGAGUCCGCGGUGAAGGGCGUCGUCGGCCCCGUCUACGACCGCUUCCACGGCGUGCCCCUCGACGUCCUCGCCUUCGUCGACCGCAAGGUGGACGACACGGUGCACGAGCUGGACAAGCACCUCCCUGGCGCGUUGAAGGCCGCGUCGGCGCAGGCCUACUCGGUGGCCCGCGGCAUCCCGGAGGUGGCGCGCGAGCUGACCGCCGAGGCGCAGCAGUCCGGCGUGAAGGGCGCGGCCCGCGCGGCGCUGGCCAAGGUGGAGCCCGUGGCCAAGGACGUGUACGGGCGCGUGGAGCCGGUGGCCAGGGACCUGUACGUGCGCUACGAGCCCGCGGCGGAGCACCUCGCCGUCUCCACCUGGCGCUCGCUCAACGGCCUGCCGGUGUUCCCCCAGGUCGCGCAGAUCGUCGUGCCCACCGCCGCGUACUGGGCCGAGAAGUACAACAAGGUGAUCGCCGCGGCGGCCAACCAGGGCUACACCGGAGCCAAGUACCUCCCGGCCAUCCCCACCGAGCGCAUCGCCAAGGUGUUCUCUUCGUCGACGCCGGAGUCCGAGCCUUUGGCCGAGACCAAGUAGUGUACUGUGUGUUGAUUCCGUCAGCGCAUUAUAGCGUUACCCAGGUCAUGGGUAAACUCUGGAUUCCCCUCCAACUGAACUGAAUAAGAGUGGGAAUCCGGGGUCCUAGAGAUGGUGGUAAUGUUGUACUAGAUAUGGUGGUGGUGAUGAUGAUGCUGUACUCCAGUAGUCCACUAGCUCUGCUCUGUGUGGUGCUCUGCUUCUUGCUUUUUGUAUAAAAGCUCGUUCGAUGUCGCAAUCUCUCGCUAA